CUCCCUCCCUGGCAGCUGGCGGAUUUCGGCCACUGUCCCAAAUAGGGUGUGAAAUCAAGGCAAUGCAUGAUCAUCCAUGGUCGUGGACCCCUCGCUUUUCCUUGGCAGCCCUAAUUCUUGGCUUCUUCACAAGGGCGGGGUCCCUCUAGGGUUUUAGUCUUGGCGCAAGCAUUGGCGGCCACGAAGCGCGCGAUCGAUCUACCCCGCGCGUGCUCGGAGGUACAAUCCCUAUUUCUUCUCGAAAUAUGCGAGCUGGAUCGCUUGGAUUCUUCAGCCUGCCGCUCUUCUCCUUCUCGCCGCCGCCGCCGUAGCGCUCUCUUCCCUUUUCGGCUCCCUUUCUCUAUAUUUCGGUCAUCCCGGCAGCGAUCUUCUUCCCUUUUCUGGUCCUUUCCUUUUCUUCGAUCAUGCGGAGGAUCUUCCCGGGAAAGAAUUCGGCAAAGGAUGAUAGGAUUCUCCCCGGCAGAAAGGAUGAUCUCGCCAGGGUCAAGCAGCCAAUGAGGAAGGAGAGGUCUCCCGCCGCCUCGGCUGCCAACGCCGCCGCCGCCGCCGCCGCUCUGUCGGCCCCGGAUAGCAAGAACCAAGAAAGCCUGAGGCGGUCGUCAAUCAGCGAUCGAAACCGGCGCACGCAUUGGUGCCCGUCGUGCCCGUCGGGUCCAUCGGAGGAGGCAGAGAGGUGUGACACUCCUCCCAGCGGCGAUGAGAACGUUUCAUUCACGAGGGAUGGUCCCAGCUCCGAGGAAGCCAUGUCCCAGUUCCGGCUUGGGCUGCCAGAGGAGUGCCAGGACAAGCAGAUUCUGCGGCCAUCUAUCAACGCGGCUCCUUCGCCCGAGCCGUGCGAGUGGACGAGUGGCUUACAGGCGGCUCUGGAUCAGCUGGUCGUGGAGAGCAGGCAAGAGCUGCGAUCAAAGUACGUGAGCGAGCCCCCGAGCCCGGCAACAUCGCCUCCUUCGAUUGCUAUGCUGGAGAACUUGUCCUCUACGUCGUCGGAUGUAUCGCAGUCGGUGGACUUGGUGUCGCACUCGGUGGACUUACCCAGGCCGAAGUUCUCGAGAUCGCUUUCUCGUUCCUCCAACGACGGCGCGUCGAUCAUGUCGAAUCCUCGGUCGCACUCCUUCAGCGAUUGGUCGUCCAGAGGUACCGUGGUUACGACCACCAGUGACAAGGCUCAGGUGAGGUAUCUCAGCGCUCGAGCUGUGGCCGAGAGGCUGGCCAAGGCGAUCCGGGGGAACACUUCCAAGACGAAGGAGCUUUCAAAGCGUUUGCUCCCGCCAGUUCCUCAGACUCCACCUCGGAGUUCCGAGUCCAUCGCCAGUCACAGCGCGAGCAAAGGUGGUGGUGGUGGAAACGGGAAGCAGAUCAUCGAGGGCCUCCAGCAGAGCUUGAGUGACAUGACGCACGCCUUGAACACGCAAAACAGCCGGAUCCAGCGGCUGACUGGCAGAAACGAGGAGCUUUUCAGGCUCUACCGUGGGAAGGAGAAGGAGCUGACGGAGCUGCAAACUAGAGUGAAAGACGAGGACGCCCGAAAGCGGGCAAGGGAGGAGGAACUUAAGCAGGUCAAGGACAAGCUCAAGUACGUCCAGGAGAAAUUCCACGCGCAAAGCAGCGCCCAGAGCGAAGCGUCUCGCUUGCGAAGGCUGCUGGAGAGUGCCACGGACAGGAUCUCCGAGCUGGAGCUCCAGGUGAAAGAGAGGGGUCAGAAGGUGGGAUCGCUGGAGGUGGAGCUCAGGCACGCGCUGCAAGAGUUGAAUCGGUACAGGGAGGAGAUGCCGCGGGUGAUCCGGCAGCGCGAGGGGAUGAAAAGGGAGGCCGAGCAGCUGGGGCACGAAGCGCUCCGGAUGAGCGCCGAGGCGGAGGUGUUGAAGCGGAGGGUCCACGAACUGGAGGAGGAAGUGAUGAUCCGAGAUGGCCACCUCUCCAUCCUCAGGAAUAGUCUCAAUAACAACUACGACUGCUAACUUGUAAUUAGCACAGCGUGAAUAAUCUAGCAUAGAUUUCCAGUUUGCAGUUCAUUGCUAACUCACGGAUUGUUUCUAUCGGAUUGAGCAAACCGGUGGAAGUUCAUUCCUCUCAGAUCCUUUUUUAAAGAUUAUGCUCGCCGGGGUUUGGAAAA